GCGAUUUCGAAAUAACUUUAACAGAUCACUCUUUACUAAUAAGAAGGAAGCACAGACUUUCGCUUCUCCUUUCAUCUCCUUUUUGCGUCCCCAUCAAACUCCAAACCCCGUAAACCCUAAUCUUCCCCCGGCAAGCAUUUCGAAUCUAAUUCCAUGGAAGUAUCCGAAGAUUACGAGUUCAAGGACUACAUCGCCUCAUCAUCAAGGCGAUUCCCGCUUCCCCCAACAACGACGAGCGUCCAAGUAACAGCUCUUGAUGGCCUGGUGACUGUCAACUCGCUCUUCACCGUCGCCGUCUUCGUGGGUCUCUCCCUAACAAGCCCUGGGCAGCGGAGCCUGGAGAACAAUACGGCCUGUGAUGCUGGCCCGGACGUCGUCCGCAACCUCCUCGUGUUCGAGGUGGUGUCCUUCAGCUUCUUCCUCUUCUCGAGUCUUAUCGCGCAGGGCCUCAAGCUCGCUAUCAACCUGCUCAACAGUAAGGAUGUCGACGAGGCCUUUCGAGCCCAUAUAAACGCCCGUGUGCUUCGCCUCGGCAUGCUUGGCUCGGCUGUUGGGUCUGUGAUGGGCUGCCUCUUUCUCCUUCUUUCCAUGGUUAAUGUGAUACAGAUCCGGCUCGGUAUGCUAUCUUGCGGAAGUACCGCUGCCGUUCGGGCUGUUGCGGUUCUCCUUACCCUCGUUUGCACUGCUCUCGCCGUUUACAUCUCCACCAUUUUCUACGCUUUCACUCACUGAAUAAUCAAUCGAUGCGCGGAGUGCUUUUACUGUAUUCCAAUGAAAUUCGCAUAGUUCAAUUUAGGAGCUGCUUGUUUGGUUCAGAUGCCGAUCAGGUGUUUGAUGAAAUGCCUGCCCAUGAACCAAAGUUGACUCUUUUUUUUUUCCUUCAUUCCUUUUCUACUGCAAUGCUUGCUCUGUUCUCCCGCAGACGAUGCUCUUUAGAAAUGUUGAUGAUCAAUUCGCCGUGCAGACGGGAGAAUUCAGGAGAUUUGUGGUCAACUGCUACGACUCUGACCAUUCUGAUAGGAAGAGAAGAUCUGAUCUUUCUAACAAUCUCUUAACUUACAGAAUUUGUUUACCUUAAACUUCACAAAGUUUGUUUCUUGAUUUCUAAAUAUGAUUAUUGCUAUUCUAUCUUGGAAGAAUGAUUA